AUGGAGGAGAGCGAGGAGGAGCAGCAGCCAUCACAGCCAGAACAUACACAGCAUCGCAUGGUGGCAGUGGAGAUACCCACGGCCCUUUCCUCAUCUCCUCUUGCUUUCAAUCGCCAUUUAUGCACCGGCCAUGAUGAAGAGGCCAACAAACAGCCUAUGGCCAGCAUCAGGGACAAGCUCAAUCAGGACAGAAAUGAAUAUAGACAACAAUGA